ACGAUAGUCAAUUGGUAAACCAUCGAAACGUUGUCAAUGGACGAGGAGCGCGUCGUGCUGCUGGGCACGAUCCAGGAGCACCAAAGUGUGGACAACAGCUCGCCCUACGUAUGCAAGGCUGGAGGAACUCCGGCUUGGUAUUUGGAGCCACCGUCAGAGGCCAACGGCUUGACGUGCACUAAAUGCGGCAAAGGAUUGUUCCUGGUUGCGCAAGUGUAUGCUCCGGUAGAGACAGAUCGGACGCUUUACGUCUUUGGAUGCAACUCGGUGGCGUGCACCGAAAACUCCGGCAGUUGGCGAGUGCUACGUGACCAAGUUGAGUCUACAAAGGAAACUCCUGUCGAAGAAGCAGUUGAAGAGGUGGUAAAACAGGUUGACCAGGUGAAGUUGGCGUGGGGCUCAGAUAGUGAUGAUUGUGAUUGGAGCGACGAUGAGGAUGCCACUAAAGCACCAGCUCCAGCGGCUGAUCUUGUGGACUUGGAGGCCCUUUUGCAACAGCGAGAUGAUGCUAUGAAGACCAGUACAAAGACACCCAAAUCAGCUUCUACUCAGAAGAAGACGGAAGCCGUGAAGAAGACUGCUGCAACUGACACAUGCAACGCCUUCCCGGCGCUGCCAAUUGAGGUGAUUGACGAGCCGUACGAAGACUACACGGCUGAACACGACUUUGCUCAUGAAAACCGCCUGCUUGAGGAGUAUAUGAAACAAGAGGAAGAAGAGAAGUCUACAGAUAUUAAAGAUUUGCGCACGGUCAUCACAAAUUCAAAGAAGAAGGGAGGCGCAUCGCAAUCAGGUGGAUCGGGCUCCUCAUCUGGAGAGUCUUACGAAAAGACUCCAGCAGCGCAGCGACAUCUGCUGCGUUUUCAGAAGCGCAUUAAUCGCUGUCCUCUCCAGUGCCUUCGGUACGAUUACGGCGGUGAACCGCUGUGGCCAGUGGUGAUUCCUCAAAACCUGAAGGUCCCGCCUUGCGCUGGAUGCGGAGCAGAACGGUCAUUUGAGAUGCAGCUAACUCCGACGAUUAACUAUUUCCUGAAGGUGGAUGAGUAUGCCUCAGCUGACAAUGCUUCGCAGCAGAAAUCUUCGCCUGCUAUCGACAGUACUUCAUCCGAUGCUCCCAAAGCAGUCGUACCCCCUGGUGGCAUGGACUGGCUCAGUCUCAUCGUGUAUUGCUGCUCUGCUAGCUGUGCACAGAGUCACGAGGAAUUCGUCUACGUCGUGCCAUCACCGACAUCGUAAGCAAUCCUAAGCAAAAUAGAGUUUACUUGCAUUUCAAAUGCCUCUCUCAUGGCCGUGGCCAGGAGGCUAAUCAACCAUCAUUCUCUUCGUGCA